UGGCGGAAGCGUAAAUAAUUCAAGAAUCGAGGGUGAGAGAAGGAUGGUUUUGGAGAUGCAGGUAUUUUUGAGCCAAUGGAUUCACAAGCACGGAUUUCAGAAACCUUGCCGUUGUUUAUUGUUUUGUUCUUCUUCCUUCACCAACCUCUUUUUAAAACCCCUCAGCACUACUCAUUUCCCCACCACCCCCUUCUCUCUCUCUCACAUUUUCCUCUCGUAAAGAACGAAGCUUUAGCUUAGCUUUGAGCUCAGAAGAGACACAGAGAUGGACUCGGUUUCAAGCGCAAGGAGGCCCUGUUUCAUCGAGGAAGAUGACGGGUUGGCCUCGCUGGCUGAUAUGGAAGCUGGGUUUUCCGGGACUCAGCUGCAGCAUCCGUUUUUUUCAAGGCCCAUGUGUUAUACCAGGAAGAUGGGUUCUUUUGGGUCGAACUCGUCUUUGUCGCCGAGAUCUGGGAGGUUCUGGGAUGCGAGAUUUGAAGAGCAUCAGCCUCAUUUCUUGGAGGCUUGUUUCCUCUGCAAGAAACCUCUUGGCGAUAAUAGAGACAUCUUCAUGUACAGAGGUGACACUCCCUUCUGUAGUGAAGAGUGCAGAGAUGAGCAGAUAGAGAUAGAUGAAGCUAAAGAGAAGAACUGGAAUCGCACUUCUUCCAUGAAAGCCUUGAGAAAGAGGGAGCAAAGGAAAUCCAGUUCAGCAAACACGGCCAAGGAAUACUCUUUCCGGCCAGGCACAGUAGCAGCAGCUUAAAUCUCAUAGAAAAAAAAAGUAAUAAGAAAAAAAGAAAGUUGAAAUCUGAGUUGAUUUCUGUCCAAGAAAGUUUACAAGGCCAAGGAGAGAAGAGAUAUCAGAUGGAGAUUGAAAGGUUGAAGACCCAUUUUGAGGGCUUCAGAAUCUGACUUAUGGAAUAUUUUUAUACAUAUGAAGAAGAAGAAGAAAGUGUGCAUGGUUUGGGGGGAGGAGGGAUUUAGGCUCUAUGAGAUGGCUCUUUUUUGGGUUUGUUUUCUUUUUUUCCUUUUGGGGUUUUUAGUUAACUGUACGAAUAUAUUAUAUGUAUGACAUUUUCCCAUCUGGUAAUGCAAGCAAAAG